AUGGCCGACGCAGCCGAACCCCCGACGUCCAAGAAGGGCGCGAAGAAGGCCGAGGCCAAGGCUAAGAAGGAGGCCCAGAAGGCUGCGCGCGCCGCAGAGCUUGCCCAGCAAGCUGCCGCAGUCACCCUCGAGGACGACCCCGCCCAGGACAACUAUGGCACCAAGCCCGUCUUCAGCAAGGACGCCGAAGAAGUCGAAAUCCGCGCCCUGAAUGAUUCCCACAAUGGCAAGACCGUCAUUGUCCGUGCAUGGCUUCAGAACUCCCGUGUCCAGAGUGCCAAGAUGGGCUUCGUCGAGCUCCGCAAGGGAGGCAACUGGAACAUCCAGGGUGUCCUCAUGGCCUCUGACGAGGAGCCUAUUGUCAGUCGCCGCAUGGUCAAGUGGAUCACCAGCAUUAACCCUGAGAGUUACGUCGUGGUUGAGGCCAAGGUGAAGCAGCCUCUUGAGCCCGUCAAGAGCUGCAGGGUCUCUGGUUUGGAGCUUCACAUCACCAAGUGCUUCGUCCUCGCACCGGCCCCCGCCAUGCUUGGCAUGACUUUGGGAGCUGCCAGCCAGCCCAUUGUCAAUUUCAGCGACGAGAAGGCCCCGGCCGCCGAUGCUGAAGCCGAGAAAGAGAAGGCUGCCAAGGCUGCCGCCGAAAACACGGUUCCCUCCGCAACCAUGCUCACCCAUCUCGACAACAUUGCCAUGCACAAGCGCGCUCCCGUCCAGCAGGCCAUUGCUGAUAUCCGUAUCGAAGUGAAGAAGAUCUUCCGUUCAUAUCUCGAGAACCAGAAGUUCAAGGAAUUCGAACCCCCUUGCCUCAUCGGCGCUGCCUCCGAGGGCGGUGGAAACGUCUUCCGAUUCGCAUACUUCGGCGAAGAGGCUUUCCUCGCCCAAUCGCCCCAGUUCUACAAGCAAUUCGAGAUUGCCGGUGGCAGAGAGCGCGUGUUCAGCAUUGGCCCUGUUUUCAGAGCCGAGAACUCCAACACCCCGAGACAUAUGACCGAGUUCACCGGUCUCGAUGUGGAGAUGGAGAUCAAGCAGUCUUACACCGAGGUCCUCACCGUCCUGGAGGGCGUCUUGCUUUCCAUCUUCCGUGGCAUUCAGGAGCGAUGUGCCGACGAGAUUGAGACCGUCCGAUCCGUUUACCACUCCGAGCCUCUCCUCCUCCCCGAGCCUGGCAAGGAGGUUCGCCUGACCUUCGCUGAGGCCCAGAAGCUUCUCCGUGAAGAGGGCCCCGCCGAGUUCGCCAACGUCCGUGACGAUGAGGAUAUGAGCACCCCUCAGGAGAAGGCCCUCGGAGAGGUCGUGCGCAAGAAGUACAACACCGACUUCUACGUCAUCGACAAGUUCCCCGAGACGGCGCGUCCAUUCUAUGCCAAGCUCGACGAUGCCGGCACCACGACUGGCGAGGGCACCCGUGUCACAAACGCUUUUGAUUUCUUCAUCCGUGGCCAGGAGGUUCUCUCUGGUGGUCAACGUAUCAACGACCCGGCCGAGCUCGAGGAGCGCAUCCGCGCCAAGGGCAUCGACCCGGAAAGCGCCGGAAUCAAGGAGUACCUCAAUGUUUUCCGACAGGUUGGUGUGCCGCCUCACGGUGGUGGUGGUAUUGGUCUCGACCGCGUGGUUGCUUGGUUCCUGGCUUUGCCCAGUGUUCACCUUGCGGCGUACUACCCUCGCACGCCCAAGAGACUGCUUCCGUAA